UACCCAAAAUCCAUAAGCUCCAAAUAAUAAAGUGGAUGCCCAUACUGACAUUCUUAACUCCUUAUUCUUCUUUGAGCGGAACCUAUUUUUCUCUUAAACACAAGUCUCUGAUGAUGUAGUGUGCAUACAAUCCCCGCUCUCAGUAUCACUCAUUCAAAAUUCAGAAGCAAAGUCAAAGUCAAAGUCCAAGACCCUCCCAAUACUAUAAUUCUAUACGCAUCUAAAUGUCUUCGUCACCUGAACAAAAGUCGGGAGCGUCUAGAAAAAGACAGACAAAGGCUUCCAUUUUGUCAGAUGAACAGAAAAAGGCCCACCACAUCGCAUCUGAACAAAGGAGAAGAGAGAACAUUCGAGCCGAGUUUGACAAGAUAGUCUCGUUGACGCCAACAUUGACAGAUACUGAAAAUCGGUCUGAAUUGAAUAUUUUGACUAAAUCCGCAGACUAUAUUGACCAGCUAAAGAACGAAAAUGAACGGUUGAUACAGAUGUGUAACGAGCACGGGAUUCAAAUUCCCCACGAUUUGGUGUACACUGGACCCGAAGAUAUCAACGAUCUCGAUCAGUUGAACGAAGAGUUGAAGAAGAAUAGGUGAGGUAUUUAGUGUGUAUUAUAUGUUACAAUUAUUAACCGGAAUCUUCAUCAGUUAUGUGUUUUAAUAUUUUCGUACUUAUCUCUUCACUAUGACCGAAACAGCAUAUUUGUAAUUCCUCAUUUGGAAGUUCAUCACUUGAGACACAGGCAUGAAUUCCCCAAAGUUGUCGAGUUUCUUAAAAUCCUCCCCACUGCAAUAGACUCUUAUAAAACCAUUUAAGUCGUUCAUUAACUUGUUCAAGUCUGUUGCAGAGUCAGUGAAAAUCAGCACACUCACGCUGUCUUUUAACUGGGUUAAUAUAAGGUCUGGAAACGUCUCUUUGAUCCAAAUUAUAAGAUCAUUAUGGUCUGUCUUUUCAAUCUCCUCGUCCUCUUCAAGUAAAUCUUCAACACUCUUGAAGGUUUCACCUCCAAACUCAAUGCUUGCAUUUCUUGGAAGUCGGCUAACGUUCAAAAUGAUUAAUUUUUCAAGUAGA